AUGGGUAAAGAUGGUACAAUGAAGUGUCCUUGUAAACGUUGUAGGAAUUUGAAUUGGUUAAGUAUCGAUGAUGUUAGAUUCCAUUUACUUGCUAAGGGGAUGCUUGAGGGUUAUACCGUUUGGACAUCACAUGGUGAAGAAAGAGGAAGAAAACGUAGUCGAACAUCGCAUCAUCGUUAUUGUGUUCGGGAACCUACGAGGGUAGAACAACCGGUAGAUUUGAAUGCGAUGCUACAUGAUUUUGCCGGUGAAAAUUCCGAAUUUUAUAACAACGUGGAUACGGGAACUAGGAAUGUAGAAGAAGUUCCAAAUGAUAGUGCAAGAAAAUUGUAUGAGGUGAUUGUUGAAAAUGGAGGACCUAUUUAUCCCAGUAAUACGAAGUAUACAAGAUUAAGCUUUACCACAAAAUUGUUAGAAUUCAAGAAUAUCUCACAUUGUAGUAAUAAGGCUUUUGAUAAUUUGCUUGCACUUUUUGCGGAUGUAUUACCAAAAAAACACACGUUGCCUCAAACUUAUUAUGAAAUGAAGAAGAUAAUGAAGGGUUUGAUGGUUGAAUAUCAAAAGAUUGAUUUAUGUGAGAAUGAUUGUAUGUUAUUUUAUGGAGAUGACAAGGAUAAAGUUGUGUGUGAUAUAUGUGGUAAAGAUCGUUAUCGGGAUGUUUUGAGGAAAGACGGUAAAAAAAUACCAAAAAAAAUAUUGAGACAUUUUCCUUUGAUUCCUCGACUACAACGCUUGUAUAUGUCAAAACAUACAUCCGACCAUAUGAGAUGGUACAAGAAUCGAGAUGUCAAAGAUGGAGAAAUUAGUCAUCCCGCGGACGGAGAAGAGUGGAAAAAUUUUGAUCGUCGAUAUCCAUCAUUUGCUCAGGAAAUUCGUAAUAUAAGCUUGGCCUUGCAACCGACGGUUUCAACCCAUUUGGUCCUACCGGGAAAAAAACAUAUAGUGUGUGGCCCAUAG